GAAGAUAUGACAACUAGAAACUGUGUAUAAUAUGAAUGUACUGCAUAAAACACUAGUGUUUUAUGUGAAAAGAAGCAUUUUAAUAUCGAGCUGUCGGAAUCAUAAAAUAUGGAAUAAAUAUUCUGAUACUGUGGAAACUACAUCAUUAUUUCCACAUGUUCGAGAUGCAAGAGAUGUUCUGAUGGAUCCCCAUUUAUUUCAUGAAAAAAUACAACAGUAUCUGAUGACGCAAGCGAAACACAGUAUUGUCGUGGAAGGAGAUAAAAAUUGGUCCAGUGAAAAUUCUGACCAAAUGAGAAAUAUAUUAGAAAAUGAUGGUGAAAUAGACUUUUUUUCACUGUUACCUGGCACAAUGAAUCGUUAUGUUGUACAAUAUCGAAAUGUGGAAUCUGCAAAUACAAUACUCUACCAAGGUAAAAAUGGUGCCAUCGAAAACCAGAUGGUUUCGAUUAAAACUGGUACGGAACCAACAUCAAAAAAGCAAACGUCAUCAAGUAUUAUCGGCAGUUUAUCGAAAUCAAAAACAAACACACUUUAUCAACUUCUAGAUCAGCAGGAGACGAUGGACGAUCAAAUGAAAAUAUUCACUGAACGAAAUGUCAUGUCAUCAGCUGAAAUACGUGUGCGUUAUAUCUUCCUCAAUGUGCUAAAGAAAUUCUUUGCAAAACAUACAGGAAUUGUGCAUGUACGACCUUAUGGUUCGAGUUUAAGCGGGGCUGGAAGACCUGGAACAGACUUUGAUGUCGUACUUCUUACUAAAGAUUUCAUAAAAUAUAUAUCUAAGCCUUUGCCCAACUCGAUUCAAUAUAUGGAUACAGAGGGCGCAACAAGAAGGGAACUUUUCAAAGAAAGCGUUGAAGUUUUGGAGGAAAUCAAACAUGUAUUACAACAUCUCCCCGGUGCUAAGAAUGUAAAAUUUAUAUCGCAAGCCAGGAUUCCUAUUGUCAAAUUUCAUUUUUCCCUUGUCAAUUUAUCUGUUGAUAUUUCUGCAAAUCAAUUGAAUUCCAAUAGUAUGUUGAACGUUUUAAAUUGGUAUAUGAGAUAUGAUAGUCGUGUCCUUCAAGUAAUGAUUAUAAUAAGAAAAUGGGCUGAAGAUCGAAAUUUACUCUCACAUGGAAUGAAUUUCCAUGGCUUUACCCCUUUUAUGCUUCAAAUGUUAAUUUUAAUGUAUCUUAUGAAGAUUGAUAUUAUACCUCCAAUGCAUAAAAUUGGAUCUGUGCGCCGAGAUGAGUUCAAAUUGUUUUCCACUCCUGCUAAAUUUGUGCAAAUGAAUAAUUCAGAUUCGGUGGAGCAAAUAAUAUGUGGAUUCUUUGAACAUUUUGCAAGAUACGGUCUAAUGGGAUAUAAGAUGCAACCUAAAUAUGGCCUCAUUCGGGCUCGGCCUAGUUCUAAUAAACAACUAUGGAUUACAAAUCCUUUUGACAAUUCACAUAAUAUCGUGAAAAAUUGCAAUAUAGAAAGUAUGAAUACCUUUAUCGAACAUAUGCAAAAAACAUGUCAAAUUAUUGAAUUUCGGCGACAUAAACUCAGUGAUCGAGAUUGGGGUUUGAAUGCUAUUCUAAAUACUAAAGACACUACAAAUUCAUGAUGUCAUUAUUUCAUCAUAAUUGACUUGUAGUCUAUAUGGAAAUAUGAAGAAAGCUUUCAUAUUUGGACAAUAAGCAGGCAAUUGUGAAGAAUCACUUUCAAAUGGUGACACAGCAUAAAUAACAUAUGAUUGGUCAUGAAACAUUAAUAUAAUCGACAUAUCGCACGAUGCACAUUCUGUCAACUCAAGUCAGCGACUCUAAAAUGAGCCACUUUUUUAAAGACUCCAAGUGGUUCGAUUCAUCCUAGCAAACUGAUUGAGUGUCAGACUCAAUGGGAACAUCAGCGAGAACAACAAUAUACAUUGAUGUUAUAUCAAAAAUUUGCUAUCGAAUUGCAGCAAUACCUCAAAAUAGGCUGUAUUGAUGUUGCGGGCCCCCCUUUGGCUCUAUACUUCAAAAAUAAUUUUGUGUAGUCUUGGUGUCAAUCUAAAUUCUAUUUAUUUUUAAUCAUUUAUUUUACUGUUAUUCAUGAAAUCAGCCAUGACUUGAAAAUUUCCUGGAAUUCUGACUUGACUCAAGACAUCUGUGACCUCUGACUCUUGCUGAUAUUUCCUCAUACAUUAUUUAAUUAACAUAAUAAGGUAAUAAUGCAAAUUUCAUACAAUAUUUUCAUGAAAGUUACGUACAUAUUUUUGAUUAUUUGACUUUUUAAGGAAAUAGUUAUUAUUUAUUGGUCUUUUUUUUUAUUUGAAGAUGAUUACUGUUUCAAGAACUCAAGAAUUCAUGAAACUUUUUUAAUUACCAUUAGAAAUUUUGACUUUGAUGGUGAGCAUUAAUAGUCUGAAAUUGAGACUCUCAGCAGACCCUAGAAUUACAUUUCUGUCUCCAAAACCGAAUCCACAUAAUAUCCUUAGGGAUUUCAAAUUGUAAAUUUUCUCACGCUAUUGGAUGUUUAUAGAUGGUCUUAGAUUUGAGUAUCUAAAAAUAUUUUUCAAUGCAUAUUAAUUUUUGACAG